GAUGCUGCUCUUGAUAUUUAGACAUCUUCGGCUCCACAUGAUAUGAGUGCCUGAAUGACAUUUAUCCACCGUAGCUAGCAGUUGAAUAGUAAUGUAUUCAGAAAGAUAAACAAGGUACAAAAUGUUAGCUACUGAGUAGCGUUAAAAAAAAAAAAAAAGCUAACUGCAGUGUAUGGUGACUCAGUCAGAGCUAACUCUGACAGUCGGCUAAAAGCCUUUGCUGGUUAGUUAGCUAACUAACCAUGAAGUACCUGAGUAAACUCUUGUUUACCAUUCCCCAACACUGGAGACCCCUCAGGUGUAUUCACCCCAGACAUUGUUCUAACUUAGCGAACACUAGUGUGACUAAAAGACAGAGGAAGACAACUGUAAACAAGUUCAAGAGUCAGAUAUCAUCAGGUCCAAGUUUCCAGGAUUUCAUCAAAGGAAUUUCAGUGAAUAAGACUCAUGUUGCUGAUGAUGAAGAAUACAAACAUAGUUAUCUCUCUGAGGACUUGGACAUGGGGAAUUCAAGGAAAGUGUAUUUUGAAACCUAUGGAUGUCAAAUGAAUGUCAGCGACACAGAGAUAGCCUGGUCCAUACUGCAGAGGAAGGGAUAUCAGCGCACAGUAAACAUAAGUGAGGCAGAUGUUGUCCUUCUGGUAACAUGCUCCAUAAGAGAAAAAGCUGAACAAACAAUAUGGAAUAGACUACAACAACUGACAGCUAUGAAGAGGAGACGGUUAAAGACUCACACACCAAUGAAAAUUGGGAUUUUAGGGUGCAUGGCAGAAAGACUAAAGACAGAGCUUUUGGAGCGGGAGAAGCUUGUAGACGUUCUCGCUGGUCCGGACGCCUACAGGGACCUUCCUCGCCUCUUGACUAUAGCUGAUGGAGGUCAACAGGCAAGCAACGUGCUGCUGUCAUUAGAAGAGACCUACGCUGACGUCAUGCCCGUUCACCACGCUCCUCAGGGGAACAGUGCUUUUGUGUCCAUCAUGCGAGGCUGUGACAACAUGUGUAGUUACUGCAUCGUUCCCUUCACCCGAGGGAGAGAGAGGAGUCGACCGGUCAGCUCCAUACUUGAGGAAGUUCGCAUGCUCUCUGACCAGGGUGUGAAGGAGGUGACUUUGCUGGGUCAGAAUGUGAACAGCUAUAGAGACACGUCAGAGGAACAUUUCUGUGGCUCAGAGCCGACCACGCUCAGCCGCGGCUUUAAGACUGUGUACAGAACCAAACAGGGAGGUCUGCGCUUCUCUGACUUGCUGGACCAAGUGUCACUCAUCAACCCCGACAUGAGGAUUAGAUUCACCUCCCCUCAUCCCAAGGAUUUUCCUGAUGAGGUUUUGCAUCUGAUUGCGGAGCGAGGGAACAUUUGUAAGCAGAUCCACCUUCCAGCUCAGAGUGGCAGCAGCCAGGUCCUAACAGCAAUGCGCCGUGGCUACACAAGAGAGGCCUACCUGGAUCUUGUCGAGAACAUCAAGAGAAUUAUUCCAGAGGUGAGUCUCAGCAGUGACUUCAUCUCAGGCUUCUGUGGUGAGACAGAGGACGACCACCAGCAGACUCUGUCUCUGAUCAGAGAGGUGGGCUACAACGUGGGCUUCCUGUUUGCCUACAGCAUGAGAAAGAAAACUCAUGCCUCCCAUCGGCUACGAGACGACGUGCCAGCUGAGGUGAAGCAGAGGAGGCUGGAGGAGUGUAUUACUGUAUUCAGAGAGGAAGCUGCAAGGGUCAACACUGCUCUCAUCGGCAGCACACAGCUUGUCCUGGUGGAGGGAGAAAGUAAAAGAUCUGCCAAGGACCUGUGUGGGAGAACUGAUGGCAAUAUGAAAGUGAUUUUCCCCAAAGAGGACGUUGCUGUUCAGCCUGCUGAAUCCAACACGGCAGUGGUCAGCGCCGGAGACUAUGUGCUGGUGAAGAUACUGGCGGCCAACUCACAGAGCCUGAGAGGCCGGGCCCUCAGUCACAGCUCCCUGAACGGCUCCGUGAAGCACUGUGAGACUCUGCCAAGGCACCAGCUAGAUGAACAUGUGGACUCAGACUCAGCCAUGAUUGAAACAUGUUGA